AUCUCACUUUGAAACCAUCCUCUUUGACGCAAUGUCCAAAGUAGCCCUGGCUAACAUUCCAUCCUUGACGUUCUAUCGAGAUGCCCUUACCGCUGCAAGAAGAACGGAUCCCAUUCCGCAACUGAUCUGCGUCGGGAAACCAUGCGGCUGGUACCAGCCCGAUGCGAUACUGUGUAGAAAUGCAGGAGGCUCUGGCACGGAUGUAAACUGGAAGUGCGAGGCGGAUUUGCCGGAGUCUUUGCGUCUCGGGCGUGUGGAAGUGUCUUGUGAGGGCUGGUCAGGACCAGGGGAUCCAUACGUGCUGAAAGGCUCAUGCUCGUUGGAGUACCGUCUGGUCCACGUCCCAGAUAAUCUCCGAAAUCAGAACGAUUAUGAUUGGUCCGCGCGGAGAUUCAACUCCGAUAGCAUAGCGUCUAUCCUAUUCACCAUCGUCUGGACGGGAUUUCUGCUGUUUAUCUUGUACGGCUUCUUGAAGUCGUGCCUCGGACGACGUCCCAACGGCACAACCGGCGGACCCAGCCCACAACGACCUUCAGGAUGGUUCCCAGGCGGCUUUGGCGGCGGUCUCGGCGGCCCAACCGACCCUCCUCCACCCUACACCCCGUCGAACACCGAUCCAAAGGCAUCUACCCAACAGGGCUGGCGACCGGGGUUCUGGACCGGCACCGCUCUCGGCGCCGCUGCGGCGUACAUGAUGGGUCAGGGAAACCGGAGAGCGGCAUCGGGAGAUAUGUGGCGGGACGCGAGGGAGUACGACUGGGAGCGCGAGAGGAGCCGGAGGCCGCUGGCGAGAGGGUUCUCGUCCGGAUCGAGGUGGAGCGAGGAUAGAGGGGAGGGCCCGUCGAACCUCGGGAGUAUGCGGCGAAGUACCGGAUUCGGAGGUUCGAGCGUCCGGUGAAGGGUUUCACACUUAGUGAAUAUCAGGAUCUGUUGUUUAUGUAUGCGUAUUGUGAGUUCCAAACCAUCGUACACUUGUCCAUCCGA